AUGGCCAACCCCACUGGCCAAGUUGGAAAUGGUGUGCCCCAGGCUGUAGCUCAGCCAGGAAAUUCGAUUGCGGCAGCACCCGCAAUUAACAGCAGCAUCCCGUUUCCCGAACAAUUGAAGCUGACCGGGAACAUCAAAGAAAACGUGGACAAUUUCAGGGACUCUUUCGAGAUCUACCUGAUAGCAUCGGGUCUCGAGCAUCGAGAUGAGCGUGUCAAGAUUGCUACAUUCAAGGCAGCACUCGGGUUGGAGGCACGGAAAAUUUUCAAUCUGUGGCCCCUGCAGCCUAACGAACAGGAUACGGUAGCGGCCUGUCUGGACUCUCUAUCCAGGUACAUGGUUCCGCAGAAGGAUGUGAAGCUGGCGAGAUACGAGUUUUUCCAAUGCCGGCAGCAAUGUAGCGACACCGGUGAGACAGAAACGAUGUCGCACUUCAUCAACAGAGCUCGUGAAUUGGUGAAGGACUGCAACUUUGGCGCGCUGGAAGAUGAGAUGUUGCGCGACAAAAUAAUCACCGGUAUCCUGGACGUGAACCUACGGAAACGUUUCAUCGGAGAGCAGAACCUAACGUCAGCCGCUGUAAUUAAUCAGUGCCGCACCGAAGAAGCAACCAAAGCAGAGCUUGAACGUAACAAUUUGCUUCAACCAGGACCAUCGAUGCAAGUUGUGAACAGAAUUGGAUCCAGCAAGAAACGUGAGAAGAAAUGUGCUUUCUGUGGACGAACGUAUCACCAAAAGCUGACGGAUUGUCCGGCCCGCGGAAUGGUUUUCAAUUUUUGUAAACAAAAGAACCAUUUCGCCGCGGUGUGCCGGAAGAAGCAGGAAUCGCUAAGCCAGCACCGACCGAUCAAGAAGACUUCAAGCCACAAGGAAGGACAGGUGCACAGUGUCGAUGAGGAGCCCAGCGAUCUGGAAGAGGACUGCAAGAUUGAGGAAUCGGUCGAUUCGAUCCAGUACCUGUACAGCAUCAACCACAGCGAAUCUUCCAUGUUGAAAGGCAGCAUCGUUUUCUACGACGUGAACAAGCAUCCAGUGAACGUGACCUGUAUUUUCGACUCGGCUGCUUCGUGUAACGUCAUCGGAAAGAAAAACGCCAUGGAGAUCCUUGGAACAAGCAAUCUACGACUGGACAAUCAACAAGCAAUUCUCAAGGCGUUCGGGGGAAGUUCGUUGAAGUCACUCGGUCGAACCGUAAUCGACUGCAAUCACGGCGGCGGCCAAUACAAGCUGGUGUUCCAUGUCGUCGGGUUCGAUCAACCUCCACUGCUGUCGAAAAACACCUGUCUGCAGUUGAAAUUAAUCCAAGUUUGUCACACCGUCUGUAUGAAUCAGCCACUGUCGUCUGCGAAGAAGAUUCUGGAGAAGCAUAAGGAUGUUUUUCGAGGUCUCGGAAGGCUAGAAGGAGAUGUACAUCUGGAAGUCGACGAUACAAUCAAGCCAGUUGUCCAGCAGCCAAGAAGGAUUGCUGUUACUAUGCGGGAUGAGCUUCGCCAAACGCUGGUGGAGAUGGAACAACAGGGAAUCAUCGUUCAGCAGAAGGAAUACGCAGCCUGGGCCUUGAAACGACCUCAUUAUCAAAUGCCAACGAUCGACGAGUUGCUGCCAGAGUUGUCCAAUGCCAAGGUAUUCACAACCGUGGAUGCAAAGUGCGGGUUUUGGCAAGUGCGUCUGGACGAGGAAAGCUCCAAAUUGACAACUUUUUGGACGCCAUUUGGACGGUAUAGGUGGGUGCGUAUGCCGUUCGGGAUCUCUCCGGCACCCGAAAUUUUCCAGAAGAAGCUCCAUGAAGCAAUCAACGGUUUGCGGAACGUAAAAGCGCUUGCCGACGAUGUGCUAAUCUAUGGUUGUGGAGAGACACUAGAAGAAGCCAUACACGAUCAUGACGCAAACUUGGAUGCUUUUCUGAAGCGUAUGCAAGAGCGAGGGGUGAAAUUAAACGGCGAUAAAAUCAACUUGUGCCAGGAAAGGGUUAAGUUCUUCGGACACGUACUCACCUCAAGCGGAGUGCAGGCAGACCCGGAAAAAUUAGACAGUAUUAUGAAAAUGGACCCACCGGAGGAUGUACCGUCGCUGCUUCGGUUCUUGGGUAUGAUAACAUAUCUGACCAACUAUUUGCCCAGUCUUGCAUCAGUAGCUGAACCACUUCGUCGGCUGACCAACAAACACGAACCAUGGAGUUGGAAUCAGGAACAGCAACAAUCGUUUGAUCAACUGAAGCAAAUGGUUACAAGCGCUCCCGUCCUUCGAUAUUUUGAUGUGCAGAAAGAUGUCGUUAUCCAAUGUGACAGCAGUAGCGUUGGGCUCGGAGCUGUACUGCUGCAGGAUGGUCAGCCCGUGGUGUAUGCCUCGAAGACUCUGAACGCAACGGAGCGCAAGUAUGCGCAGAUCGAGAAAGAAACAUUGGCCAUCCUGUUUGCCUGCCGUAAAUUUGAAAUGUACAUCCUCGGAAAACCGGUUACGAUUCAAACGGAUCAUCUGCCUCUCAUCAGGAUUUUUCAGAAGCCGUUGGUGGAAGCACCACUGAGAAUCCAACGGAUGCUUUUGGCCCUUCAACGGUACAACACGGUUCUACGGUUUACUCCAGGUAAGGAAGUCAUCAUAGCUGACAUGCUUUCACGGGCGUCAAUAGCUGACAACGAUGUAAGCAGCAAGGACAUCUACGAUGUGUAUGCGUUGGAGUACAUUCCCAUUUCGGAUGACAGAGUUCAGCAAAUCAAGGCGGAAUCUAAGCAGGAUCCGGAAAUACAAACAAUCAUCCAGUUUGUGAUUGACGGAUGGCCUACAAAGUCGGAAGUACCAGAGUCGCUGCAGGUUUACUGGCCAUUCAGGGAUGAAUUCAGCACGCAUAACGGACUUGUGUUUCGGAACGACAGAAUAUUGAUUCCACGAAGCCUUCGAAAGGAUAUUCUGGAUCGGCUGCAUCAAUCGCACUCCGGAAUCGAAGCUACGACAAAGCUUGCUCGUGACACAGUGUUUUGGCCCGGCAUUAACGACCAAAUUCGUCAGAAGGUUCAGCAGUGUGACAUUUGUCAAAAAUUUGCACCAAAUCAACAGCCGCAGCCCAUGCAGAGCCAUCAAAUUCCCAGCUAUCCUUUCCAGAAACUGAGCAUGGACUUGUGCGAAAUUGAGCUUGGAGGCAGAAAAGCGGUAUACCUAAUAACAGUUGAUCAUUUCUCUGAUUAUUUUGACAUCGAUGAACUACCAUCUCUGAACUCAGCCGCGAUUAUCAACGCUUGCAAGAAAAAUUUCGCGAGGUUCGGGAGACCGCAGUUCAUCUCAACGGAUAAUGGUGUACAAUUUGUGAGCCAGGAUUUCCAACGAUUUGCGAAGGACUGGGGAUUUCAGCAUACCGUGUCAGCCCCUUACCAUCAGCAGGCAAACGGCAAAGCCGAAUCAGCCGUUAAAAUUGCGAAGCUACUACUAAAGAAAGCGUACGAAUCGAAACAGGACUUUUGGGAUCUUCUUCUGCAGUGGAGAAAUACUCCGAACAAGUGUGAUUCAUCUCCGGCUCAGCGAUUAUUGAACAGACGCACACGGUUUGGCGUACCAAUGGCAGAGGGGAAGUAUCUGCCAAAGAUAGAAGAAGGUGUCGCCGAGAAGAUAAAAAAGAAUCGACAAGAAGCGAAGCAGUACUACGAUCGCAAGGCAAAGAAGCUUCCAGCAUUAGAGAUCGGGCAGCCGGUGUUCAUGAAGCUGAAGCCAGACGACAAGGACUGGCGCCCAGCAACUGUUGUUAAACCAGUUACGGACCGUUCAACAAUAGUUGCUGCGGGAGACAAGGAAUAUCGCCGCGACAACACACUGAUAAAGCCGGUGUAUCCCGAAGCGAGGACUCCAGUGUGCAUCAAGGAAGAACCUCGGCGAGAUCCACAGCGUUCGCCGAUCACUCUACAAGAUAACCCACCCUUGCAACCUUCGGUCAUCAUCAGGGACUCUCAACCAAGCUCACAACGUUUACCGGCACGCGAGUCUGUCGCGCCCUUCCGGUCACGUCGAGCCAUCACUAUCCCGAAGAAAUUCGAGGACUUUGAAAUGUUCUGAGUUAACGAUGAAGGGGGAGAUGUUAGGAAACUCUACCUACCUUCUUAAUAAUAUGUACUUUGUUUA